AUGUUUAAACAAAUUAUAACAUCUUCAUCAACUAAAUCAUCAAGAUUUUUGGUUUCUUCUUCUUCUCCUUCUUCCUUAAAAUCAAUCCAACAUAAUUAUUUAUCUACUAGUUCUUUACUUUUAAAACCAACUUUAGCUGCCACUUCCACUUCCGAUUCACCAACCACUGAAUAUUUAACUACUGGAGGUUCUACUCAUUCAAUUCCUGCUAAAGGGUUUAGACUUGCUCAACCUAAAACUUGGGAAGAAUCACAUGAAAGUGCAUUAUCUAAAGCAACAAAAUUUUUAUUUUUAAGUGAAAUUGCUCGAGGAAUGUAUAUUUGUUUAGAAAUGUAUUUUAGAGCUCCUUAUACUAUUUAUUAUCCAUUUGAAAAAGGUCCAAUUUCUCCAAGAUUUAGAGGUGAACAUGCAUUAAGAAGAUAUCCAAGUGGUGAAGAAAGAUGUAUUGCUUGUAAAUUAUGUGAAGCUAUAUGUCCUGCUCAAGCUAUUACUAUUGAAGCUGAAGAAAGAAUUGAUGGUAGUAGAAGAACUUAUAAAUAUGAUAUUGAUAUGACUAAAUGUAUUUAUUGUGGUUAUUGUCAAGAAAGUUGUCCAGUUGAUGCAAUUGUUGAAACUCCAAAUGUUGAAUAUUCUACUGCUACUAGAGAAGAAUUAUUAUAUAAUAAAGAAAAAUUAUUAGAAAAUGGUGAUAAAUGGGAACAAGAAUUACAAUAUUGUAUUGAUGCUGAUGCUCCAUAUCGUUAA